GUUUAUUUUGACUUUCAUGGAUGACUGCUUGGUUUUAUUUUUGUUUUCUACGUUUUAAUCAAGCUUGAGAUUUGGCCAUUGUUAUAUGAUCAAGUCGCCAUCCUAUCCCAAUUCAUGUCAAUUAACCUUGUCAUUACAUUCGCAGAGCAGUCACAGAAAUUGUGAAGUUGCACCUCAAGAUGUGGGAUCAAUUGGAGCCAACUGCCCCUCAUAUAACAUAUUUUGUCCUUCCACUAUUUCUCAUCACUUAUGCCCUCUUCUCCAAUUUUAUCCGCAACCAUCUUCAUCUCUCAGAGCCUCCUCUCGCCAUUCUCUUUGGUAUCAUCCUUGGUCCGUAUGUUCUCAAAGUCCUCACCCCAGAAGAAUGGGGCCUGGACGAUGAAAUUAUGCAGGAAAUCACUCGUGUGAUUGUAGGCAUUCAAUGUUUUGCUGUCGGACUCGAACUUCCCAAACAUUAUUUUAAAAGACAUUGGAAAUCCGUGCUCUAUCUUCUAGGUCCUGUAAUGACCUUUUCCUGGGCCGUCACUUCAUUAUUCGCCUACUUUAUUUUUCAAACCACUAUACCCACAGCUCUGAUAAUAGGAGCUUGUCUCUCACCAACUGAUCCUAUUCUCGCCGCAUCCGUCCUUUCACAGUCUCGGUUUAGUGAAAGAGUUCCUCCACGUAUUCGUCAUCUUCUUUCCGCUGAAUCGGCGUGCAAUGAUGGAGUCUCUUUUCCGUUUCUUUACAUUGGUCUUGUGAUCUACACUACACACGGUGGUCCUGGAGAAGCUAUCAAGGAAUGGGUAACAAUCACACUGCUCUGGCAAUGCCUGCUUGGCAUCGUAGCAGGUCUCAUACUUGGAAACAUAGCCAAUCGACUUCUUCGAUUCUCAGAUACGCGCAAAUAUAUAUCCAGACCUUGUUUUGUGGUAUUCUACCUUCUUCUUGCCAUUCUUUCUAUUGGAAUCGGAUCUCUUCUGGGAUCAGAUGAUUUCCUAGUCGCUUUUGGUGCUGGAGUCGGUUUUGCCCACGAUGGAUGGUUCUCCAAAAAAACCAAGACCGUGGCUUUUCCAGUAAUCGUAGACCAUCUACUCAAUUCUACUAUGUUUGCAUACUUUGGCUCCAUCAUUCCGUGGAAUCAAUUUCAACCAACUACCAUUACGCCAUAUAUCAAACCUUGGACUCUCAUCCUUUUUCUCAUUCUUGUUCUUCUCUUCCGCAGAAUUCCAAUCCUUCUCUUGACCAAACCUCUCAUUCCAGAUAUCUGCACUUAUCGCGAAGCGCUCUUUGCAGGACACUUUGGUCCUAUGGGUGUAGGCGCUUUAUUCCUUGCUAUAGAAGCAAGGGCGCAGCUCGAGACUGGUACAUCGCUACCUCUUCCUAAACCACUAUUCCCUGACGAUCCAGGCCCCGUCAGCGAGGAAACAAAGGCAAUUUGGAUUAUAUGGCCAGUAGUAUGUUUUGUGGUAUUCGGAAGCACAAUGGUACAUGGAUUGAGCGUAAUGGGAAUUAGUUUUGGAGGUCACUUUCUGAGAAAAGAGGGAGAAAGAGCACCGUUAUUGGGGGAGACGCGGGGAUUGAGUGGGAUGGUUCAUGAAGGUGGUGGAGGUGAGAGUGAACCGGAAGUUAGUGGGAGUGAAGCUGAAUAGUGCAAUUGAGUUUUGAGAAAGUUCUUUUGAGGGCAUCUGCUUCUUGCUUGACGUACUUUUUUCUUCCUCAAGUACAACACUUACUCUUUGAUGUGCAUUCUAAAAACAAAUCAGCUAUUUGCCCGUACACAAUCAGAUCAAGCAUGAAAUUCAAUACAUCUAUCCACAUUCCGUUAUCUGCGUUUCUUUCUUGCUAGUUUGAUUUCUCGUUCUUUUCAUACGCUACUUAGCGAUUCUUUCACUGCAUUCAACACACCAUCACACCGUGAAGUAAUCUCAACACCCUGUGUUCAAACAGGAAAUCUUCCACAAUUUCUCCAAGCAAGCAAAGAUCCAAAUGUCUACUCUAUCCCCCCCAUAUAGUCCAUAGAACCACACUGUAGUCAGAGACCAUCAUGCGACCUAUCUGGUGAAGAUAUUAAGUGCAUGAACAGACGGUUGGAGGAAUAAAUAAUAUCUACGUUCCUGCAAUGAACGGUGGAAUAUAUUUCAGAUGCUUUGGUUUGGAAAUAGAUUUGUUCAUACAAUAUCGUGGCUAUUGCACACAUAUACACAUACAUAUGUUUAUUUUUCUUUUCUUUGUGGGAGGCAUGCUUAUUUUAUUUGUGGGUUGUGUCUUCGCUCUUGAUUUUUUAUAUUCUUCUACUUCUUUCCUAUGUCUGGAGUUGACACACUACACAGAUAUAUAUAGUAAAUAGAUCAUCAUUUCUCCA